AUGUCUUCAGAAGAUAUCAAACCUGACAUCUCAAAUGGACAGAGCUUACGUCGUCUAGACUUUUCAAAACUUACAUCCACACCUCUGGCGCCUCGGAAACGUUUCGUUCCUACACCUGUGAAGAAGGAACAACAUGGGAAAGUGAAACAGGAGGAUGAGGAUGUCAAGCUCAUCACAAAGCGACUUUUGGCUAUGGCUGACGCUAUCGGUGGUGAUAUACCCAUAGAGCCCAAGAAAGAGCCAUGCGAUGGGUAUGAUACCAAAGCUUUGAUCUCGGGACUGUCGAACCUCGGAAUACGGGACGAAACCCAUCCCCCUCUCGCCAUUACUGUAAAAGACGAGAUCAUUCCUUUUCACGAAGAGAAAUUUGAUCCGGUCAAAUUUGAACAUGGUCUUACCUCGAACUCCAACGAUCCCCCUAGUCCAACAACCGACGCCUGUAUCGACACUAAACCACCUGCCCGUCCUUCUACACCUCUCUUCUUACCUGCUUCCCCACCCCAUUCAAGGCCAACAGUCCUCGACCUCACAGAGUCACCUGAUCCUCCCACGAAGCCACAAAAACGGGGAGCACGACUGAGCGACCUUUUUCAUUCCGACUCGGAUGUCCCACCACCCCGAGCAUCAGAAGUCUGCACCAUCGAGUCUGAUGAUGAACCAUCUAUCCCUUCAUCUUCCUCCCCAUCACAUCGCGCGCUCAACGUAGUGGACGCUGAGGACGAACAAUCACACUCGCUUCCCCCUUCCACUCGAGAAAGGUCAUCACACGAAAGUAACUUUGAGAAUGAUCGUCACUCGUCUCCAGCGCGACCUCCAGUCUCUAAACGAAAAACCAAACGAUCAGCCAAAAGCAUCUUUAUCGACCAAUCAGCCUCAGAUGAUUGUGGAAAUCUGGACGAUGACCCGAACGAAAGUCUUGGGUCAUUACGAGACUUCAUCGUGGAUGACGAUGUGAUAGAAUAUGCUUCUUCUUCCGACGAACUUGAAUCUCCUCCACCUAGAAGGAAAGGAAAGGGUGGUUCCAGUCGACGACCUGUGCGGGAAGUGAUCGAUCUUGUGGAUGAUUCUGAUGAUGACGUUCCUCCUUCGUUCCUGGAAUACAACUCGGCUGUCAAAGAAGAGGAAGAAGGUGAAGAAGAUGAGACCGAAGAUAUUUUAUACUACUCUCCCCCUCCUAAAAAGACCAUCGAGGUCGACCUUCCCGAUCUUUCUUCUUUGACGAUCGACGACACCCCUCCUAAAUCCAAAAAACACAACUUGCCAGAGUCACAGUCGAGCAAGAAACCAGGACGUAGAGCUUGGCCGUCAGAGAGAGAAGGCAUAGCCCGCAAGCUGUUCAAAGAAUUAGACAAGAAAGUCUUUGAUUCUCGUUUGGGCCCAGAUGGUGCCGACGCACAAAUAGAAUGGAAUAAAAGAUUACUGAAAACUGCCGGGCAGGCACAUACCACUCGCGAAAGACUGGCGGAUGGUACUAAGGUAUCGAAAUACAAGAUCACCCUUUCGGAGAAAGUGUUGACUGGUGAAGAGCAGAUACUCAACACUGUCGCUCAUGAAAUGUGUCAUCUCGCCACGUGGAUCAUAAACGAUGAUCAUAAAAACCCUCAUGGAAAACUGACGAAAAGGGGUAGAAGAGUCAUGCGAGCCAGACCGGAUAUAGAAGUCACCACGACACAUUCGUACGUUAUAGAAUACAAAUACGAAUGGAAAUGUUCAAAUGAAUCAUGUACAGCUAUAUAUCGUCGUCAUUCUAAAUCUAUCGACGUGGAAAAAGAACGUUGUGGUAGAUGUAAAUGUCGAUUGGUACCUAUGUUUCAAACGAAAUCAGCCAAUCCUUUUCAAGUAUACCUCAAGACAUACAUGUCUCAAGCUAAAGCCGCUUUACCAGGUUCAUCCCAUGGAGAAGUCAUGAGAGCUUUAUCCAAACGUUGGUCAGAAGCUGGAGAAGAAGGGGAUCAUGAAGAUUAUUGGAAGAACUAUCAUUGUUCUUGA